GUGUAUACGUAAUUUUUCGUGUGUUCAUUUUUCCUGGCCGUCCUGCAGCGCGAUUUCCUCCCAGAAAAUAUGGUGUCGCGGGAUUUCCUCUCACACGCAACUAUCACCUCAAAGACCCAAUCGAAUGCAAUCGUGGAAAAGUAAAACCUCUCCCACACGCACAUUUCAGUCACAACGUAGAAAUCCAAUUUCACUCCUUUUCUUACACAGAGCACCCAAGAUUACACAGGCUCCCGACAUUGAUCGCGUAGCGGAUAAAACUUGAGGGGCGACGCAAUGAUCGAGAACGGUGUAUGGGCAGGAACGAUCAGAUCUAGCCCCAUCGGGCAGCGGGGAUCCCCGAUCUGUGGGAUGCAAUGUCAGAAUCGACGCUCCGCAUUCUAUGUGUGCCACCGUCAUCGGCAUUACAUUCAACGGCGGGGGUUCCUCGGCGCGGACUCACGCACCAACACCGUUAUUUGAGGUGAUCGAGCUGAUUGUUGAUGUGAAGCGGUGCCUGCAGACGACUGUUAUAAUCUCCUGGGAGAAAAAUCCUUAUCCAGAAUCAAAGAAGUUUUUCACGAAGAUUGCUGUUGCUUACGAGAUGAAGCCACAAGGGAGCAGUACAAUUAAGCAAUUGCACAUCCGGAAGAGCCAAGCAAUAUUUGUUGAGUUGGCAGACUUGAUGAUGGUAAAGUUUAAUAGGAGAAGAAAGGUGAUGGUGAUGAGAAACUCAAGUAGGCCAAUAUGGAGGGUUUCGAGGGGAGUAAUGACAGCGCUGAGGUGGCUAGUGAUGAUUUCAAGUCAGAUAUUAACGACAGAGGCCACAUAUGCGGCGAUUGAUCUGGGCGAAGGUGGAGAUGUCCAGUGGGAAGCUCGAGAAGAAAGAUCCUAUAAUACAAGCAAUAUGUUGACGGACACAAAUCACAUGCUUGCCAAUGGGAGAAUGGAUGUUCCACUAAGCCUAUGCUUUGCGAAUGCACGUGCGGAUGACCUUUUGUUGCACUAUCUGCUGAGGUGGGGUCGGGAGCUAAACGAGCUAUACAGAAACAACAGCACUGCACUGGUCAGGAUCUUGCAGGUUGGUAGUGAUCUUUCAGAGGUUGCGGGACAUGUUUUACUGAAUCAUCUUCCAAAGGUACCAUGCUACAUGCAUUAUUACGUUAGUAUUGUGUUGUGA